AUGUCGACACGAUCUCUCAUGACACAGACGUCACCGUUGCCCUCAAACGUCACCCGCGAUGCCGCAGUUGCACAGCUGCACGAUCACGCUGCGAUGAUUCGAGUCAACCCGUUGGUGCUCCAUUUUGAGAAGACGACGGCCCCUGCUCAAGCGAGCAAAGACGAGGCAGAGUUUGGAACAUGGUAUGAGAUUACAGACAGGAUAAACUAUCUGCCUGGUAUCAACGGACAAGUGUCAUAUAAAGCAUGUUUCUACAACCUUCCCAAUGGUCUACAAACCCAUACGUUCGCGCCCGCCGGCCUGGAUCUCCGGGGCAAAUGGCUGGUCUGUGGAAGCAUGCCAGGCGAACCUCGAGAACCGGUAGAGCUUGGACUUGACGCUCCUCGAGAGGGUCUCUACAUCAAGGAGGAAGUCGACAUGCGCUGCAAUGUCCUAUUGACGGGCUUCGUGAAGAAGAACCUCAGGAAGUCGCAUGCGGUGGUCAUGAGCGGACUCAUCGAACGAGCCGGGACCGGUCCAUUGGAAGAAGAAGACUCAAACGCUUAAUGGAUACCCGGCGACGACCUACGAACAGCCAUCCCGUCCAUAUCCCCGGAGGACGGACCCUUCCACCGCACUGCGGCUGCAAUGCAGCAUUCCACCUUCGCACCUGCGCCUACUUCCACCCCGACGACCGCGGCGACACCGACGUCUCUUUUGCCACAUCCGCGAGCCCGCCACGUGUCCAGCCCGCCACCGCCCGCCGCCACACCAUGUCCGCCACGCCCUCCGUGACAUC